AGAUGACGAAAACACCCACCACACCCGGUACGGAACAUUCUCACUCCCACCUAUCACUCCACUGAACUUAGAAAAGCUGUUGGUUGCCAUUGCAAAUUGGUGUGGUAAAACGCCGGAGAAUGGCAAACCCAACGAAGCUGGACCAUCAUCAGCGCCGGAGAAGAAGAAGAAGAAGAAGAACGACAACAACUCAUACAACAAACGACGAUCACAACAACAGCACAUCUGGAUCCGAUCGAGACUCCAUCUCGAGUUUGGCGGGACGCGAUGCUGGGCCAGAUCCCCAAUCUCUCGCCUCUUUCGCUUCUCCCAGAUCCUCAGACGAUGGUGAAGCUCUAGACCCGAGAAAUCUAAGAGAAAGGAAGAGAAGGCCAGUGUCGCUUGAUCUGAAUCCUCACCAAGGUGCUGGUGAUGUGAGUGUGCUGUCGCCGAGGUUCUUGGUUGGUGUUGCGGGAGGGAUGAAGGAUGUAUCGGCUGCGUCGUCGAGAAGUAGAUCUGGGACGUUUCCGAGUCCUGGGACGCCAAAUUACAGACAUGGAGGUGGGGUUGGGGUUUGCCAGAAAGGGUGGAGCUCGGAGAGAGUACCAUUGCCGACGAAUUCGUGUAGGAGGUAUGGGGGGAGUGCUGCAUUGUUGCCGUUUGGAAAUGGGAGAGGUUUGCCGUCCAAGUGGGAGGAUGCAGAGAAGUGGAUCCUUAGCCCGGUGUCUGGAGAUGGGGGAUUUAGGUCAUCCCUACCUCCUUCGCAUCUUAGAAGGCCGAAGUCGAAGAGUGGCCCUCUUGGUGCUCCAAUGGGGACUAGGUUUUCGUCUGCUGCAGCGUCUCCAUUGGUUCCCUGCUUUGAUAGUGGGAGGGUGAAUUUUGCAGCAAGUUCGCCUUUUUUGGCUGGGGUUUUGAUGCCGGAUCGGGGAUGUUGUGUUAAUGGGAAUAUUGGGAGAGUAGUUGCUGGGGGUGGUGGCGGUGGAGGAGAUGGUGGUGGUAGAAGAUCUUAUUCUGGUAAUGGAGAGCCUUAUAUAGUUCGAUCAGCAAGUGUGCAUGGUUGGUCGGAUAUGUUGAUUGAGUCACCAGGCUCUUUGCAAAGCUCUCAAGAGGAGGUGCUUGACAGCACCAAGGAAAUUGCCACAGCAAUACCUCCUGUAGUUUUGAAAAAGGACAUGGCUACACAGAUGAGUCCUGAGGGUAGUACCCAAUCUUCUCCCAAGGAAAGGCUAUCCUUGUCUCCUUCUCCACAAUCUGUUCAUCCCACUACAGAGUUUGAAAGCCAUUUCUCUAAGUUAGAGAUCAGGGAUGUCCAGGUGGAUGAUCGGGUUACUGUGACAAGGUGGUCCAAGAAACAGAUUGCACGAAGUUCUGAUAGGCGAUCGACAAACAUCAUUCAGUGGAAGAAACGAUCUGUAGAGGGCAGGUCAUGUGCUUGGGAAGUUGCAGAGACGGCAAAAUGCAUGUCAAAGUCUAAGAGGGAAGAAGCAAAAAUCACAGCUUGGGAAAAUUUGCAGAAAGCAAAAGCUGAGGCAGCAAUCCGGAAACUAGAGAUGAAACUAGAAAAGAAAAGAUCUUCUUCAAUGGACAAAAUUUUGAACAAGCUUAGAUCUGCUCAAAGGAAGGCACAGGAGAUGCGAAAUGCUGUAAAUGCUAGUCAGGCAAACCAGGUUGCCAGGACUGCUAGAAGGAUCUCAUACUUCCGCAGGAGUGGUCAGAUUGGUUCUCUUAGUGGCUGUUUCACUUGCCAUGCUUUCUAGUAUUGUGUACAUUCACUCGUAGGGCAUCUCCCUCUGCAUCAAGUUCCUAGAAAUCCAACGGGGAUUGGGAUUCCUGUGCGGAUUCUGCAGAGAAUCCUAUGCUCGCGGGGAUUUCUCACGGGGAGCAGGCUGGGGAACUCUGCGGGGCAGGGAGAGUAUUCCCCGUCCCCACCCCGCUAGGCGGGGAAGGUUUUCCCCCAUUCCCCGCCCUGUUGGGUGGAUCCUCGAGUGGAGCGGAGGUCCCGCCCCACUUGUAUCACUAGACUUGUGUACAAGCAUCUUGCAGAGGCUGAAAACACACUUUUCCUUGUAGAUCUCUGACAUCAAAGUAAAUCUUUUUAUGCAUAAUUGGAACAAAGUCUCUUUUGGACUUCAUGUUUUUUUUCUUAUUUGAAAAGGUUUGCUUAUCCAGAAUGGAGUUGCUUUUAACUUUAACUCCAUGACAACCCUAAAGAUAAAGGCAGAAGUUGAAGUAUUUCUGUACACAAUUUAUGUAUCAGAAAAAAUUCUAACACUCACAAUUAUAGAAACAUAUUUCAUUGUGUUAGAGAGUAGACUAAGUAGCAGCAUCCACCUUAUGCCAAGAUUUCAUUGAAAAGGCUUUAGUGGUUCUUUUUCUGCAUCCGCCUUUCAUGUAGAUGCUGGGACACUAGAUGGAUCUGAAGCAUCACAGGUUGUGUGUUUUAGUUCAAAAAUAAUCUCUUCUUCAGAUGAGAUCUCUGUAAGGAUUCUGAAUGCGAAAAUUAUCAGAAUGUGUGGUUCUGGUGUCUAUUGAACAAGAAUCACAGAUACUCAGGUGUGAUGCCUUUACAGUUUUAUCUCUUGGAUGAUUGCCAUCAGCAAGGCUGGAUAAGGAGUAGUUCUAAACAUUGAGAAAAUAAGGGUUCUCGAUGAUUAUGUUUUGGAUUGGAGACGAAAUUCAGAUUGGAAUUUUGGUUAUUGAGAUUUGGCUGUAUGUUUGAUCGAGGAAAGCAGGAAAGUGCUUGCUAUGGUUUUCCAAAUUAGGAUUUUCCAAAUUUUGACCAGGACUUCGAUGCACUGGGCUGAAUUGUCGUAGUACUAGUCAUGUUUGGAGUUGAGAAUUAAAUUAUCAUUGCUAUGGUUUCAAAAUCAGAGUUUGUGGCCCACUUGGGUUCACAAAAACAAGGGGGAAACCUUACCAUUACUUCCCCUGCCUAUCAUGUGAAAUUCUUAGUCCAAAGGUCGAGGGAAUCUUCAGGAAUUUGCAACUGUUUUUGAUAAUUUCCACUUGUAAACUUGUACAACAAGAUGUUGGACUCAAUAUCUAUGCUCAUCUUUCAAUGUUUGGUAACUUAAAAAUGUCAAACAUCAACCGAAUUAGCAGAACAAGAAGAAUAACUAAUUGUUCUUCUUGUAGCAAAUAUAUUUGAGUUUAUGCUAUAUUAUGCUCAUUAAUCUCUCUUAGCUGCAACUUAUUUUCAGGGUACCUUAAAGCAUGUGUUUUGCAGAAUUCGUACUUCGACUUAAAUUCUUGUACUAUGGUCAGAUCUACUAGUGUCACAGGGAAUUCUUGUUUCUUUUUGAAGUUUCAAAGUUCUAAAUAUGUAUAUAUUUUUGCUUAGCCCUUUCUUAGCAUUUUGCCCGCUUAAUUGUGGAUGUUUCCCUUUAAUUAGUAAGUUGUUCUCUUUAAUAAAUAGUUCUGUUGUGUAAAAAAGCUAAAAUACAUGUUCAAGUUCAUACCUUUUGUCUUAACGGAAUCACAAUAU